AUGGACAAUUUACAUAGCAUAUGGGGAGCCAUUAACAAAACACCGGCUUUAACAGCUGGAUUGACAGUUUUCACAUUUAUUUUAUGUGUAAUUAAGAAUACAUUUGGCGUUGAAAUGUUGAGUUUGGUGCUUUACCCGAGAUCUCCUUUAGACUUGAACCUCAAUGCCAUUUCACUUUAUUCACUAGUCCAUGUUGGCUAUUUGCAUUGGUUAUUCAACGUGCUUUCCAUAUUUGUACCAUUGUCGAUUUUUGAGAAAAGACAUGGGACUGUAUAUACAGGGAUAACACUUAAUUUGUUGACGGUGAUUGCAGCCUUGCAGUAUUGCGCCGUGGGACUCUUGUUGUACCCUAAUACCGGUGUGGUUGGAUUAUCAGGGAUUGCCUUUUCCUUUUUCAGUUAUAUGGCUUAUCAGGAACACCAAUACAAGCCGGUAAUGGAGAGUUUUCAUAUAGGAUCGUUAGAGAUCAAGUUAUAUACCUUGACAGCACCAUUCAUUGCAGCAUUGGUGUUUUGGGUUAUCUUUCCAACAAGUUCCUUUCCCGGCCACUUGGCAGGAAUUUCUACGGGAUUCCUAUUGGCCUUUGGAUAUAUCAAUAAGUUGUAUCCGCCAUCAAGCAUCAUUUUGAAAAUCGAACAAGUUUUGGCACCUGGUAUAAGGUUAUUGGCUCCAAUUGUAUUUUACCAUAAAGAAGAAGACGCCGUACAAAUGAGAAGUGUACUGUAUGCACCACUUUUCACAGAGGAUAUGGAGUCAUUAUCCUCAGCAACAAAUCAUCAUCCACAGGCAACUAACUCAACAACAACAACAACAUCAACAACUCGAACCGCUUCAUACGUAAGAGAAUCUAGAGUCUUGGGAGAAGCUUGA